UCAAAUAGGCUCUUUCUUUCCCAUUUCUGACCCACUUAGAAAUGACGUCCUCUACUCACCAACCAAGCCCUUCGCUUCCUCGUUCUCAGCUUCUAUGUUGCUUCCUCGCCGUUCUAACGUUGCCCGUUUCCGGAGGCAGGUGCUUGUCGGAGCAGCAACAUUCUUGGAUUUUCAACACUUCAACCACCGCUAUUUUAGUGUUCGGAGACUCCACGGUCGACCCCGGAAAUAACAACUUCAUUCCUACCGUGUUUCGGAGCAACUUUCCGCCUUAUGGAAGGGAUUUUCUCAACCACGAACCCACCGGAAGGUUCACCAACGGCCGACUCGCCACUGAUUACAUCGCUUCAUAUGCAGGCAUCAAGGAGUUGAUUCCUCCUUAUUUAGACCCAAAUCUGGAGAUGAAGGACCUAUUGACCGGAGUCAGUUUUGCGUCGGCUGGUUCUGGAUUUGACCCACUUACCCCAGCCAUUUCUAAUGUGAUUCCAGUAAGAAAGCAAUUGGAUUACUUGAAAGAGUACAAGAAACGGGUAGAGUUGGGGAUUGGCAAAGACAGAGCCGAGGCGCACAUGAAGAAAGCAGCGUUUGUAGUCAGUGCAGGAACAAAUGACUUUGUGUUGAACUAUUUUCUUCUUCCAUUUCGACGCCAAAUCUACUCUGUUUCUUCUUACCAGCGCUUCGUUAUUCAGCUUCUCAUGGACUUCCUUCAGGGCUUAUGGGAGGAAGGUGGUCGAAGAAUUGCGGUGGUGGGGCUACCACCAAUUGGCUGCCUGCCUAUAGUCAUCACCUUGAACCUUGAUAAAACCACGCUCCCACGGGGCUGCGUCGAGUCUUAUUCCGCCGCUGCGAGAGGCUUCAAUCAAAUUCUUAGGAUGGAGUUGAAAUCCAUGCAGUCAAAGUUAGCCAAAGAUAACGUUAAAUUUUUUUACGUUGAUUCUUAUGAGCCACUUGCCGACAUGAUCCAUAACUUUCAUAACUAUGGAUUUGAAGAGGCUGGGAGUGGAUGUUGUGGGAGUGGGUAUGUGGAGGCAUCGUUCUUAUGCAAUCCGAAAACCGACACGUGUCCUGAUGCCAGCAAGUACGUGUUUUGGGACUCCAUUCAUCCCACUCAGGCGACCUAUCACAAUAUCUUCCUCGCCGGUCGGCCAAUCGUCGAUGCUAUGUUAAAACACUAACGGCAUAUAUUACAUCUUUAUGUUUUUUUU